AUGGACGCUCCUCCUCCUGCAUAUACUGAAAGCGAUCCGCAUCCUCAACCUCGUCCAACCCUGGACAAUGCUAGCCAAGUUUCGCAAACCUCCCUCCCUGGGCCAUCCCCUAAUACCUCUUCCCCUACGAGCUUUGUGUCGGGAAGUCCAUACUUUGCAAUGCAUCCACCUACGAGACGCCCGAAUUGCAGAUUGACGACUGCCAGUAUCCUCGUUGUGCGUGGAACUCGUAAAGAAGACCUCCCUCUGCCCCCGCAAUUACAGAAGGGUAGGGGUCGUCUCGAUACAGACGAUUGGAAGGCUUUCCUCAGCCAUUUGCUACCUGAUCGUAGGGAGGAGACACAUGUUCAAGCUAGAUAUGAGAAAAGUGGCACAAUUAGCACCCGCGUCCAGCCCAACCAACAGGGAGAAACGCCCGAUGUCGCCGACGCACAUCUGAGUCAAGUCGUGGAUGAAUGGAAUGAGGGCUUCUUCCUGCCACGCGGGAUAUCAAUUGCUCUGCAAACCGAAGUGCCUGAAGCCUCAGCUCUUCCCGCCGCCAUAUCCAACGACCGCAACAAACUUGGCGAAGCUUUGUAUGAAAGUAUCAAAAAAGGAGACUUGUCAACGAUCAAGCUGCUUCUAUCUCAUGGGGCUGAUCCAAAUUACCGACCAAGCUGCUCAACACCUUCAAUUGUCCGAGCUGUGAAAAAAGAGAAUAUUGAGCUCGUCCGACUGCUCCUAGAGCGAGGAGCCGACCUCGAAGUGACGGCGCCAGCCGCUGAGACAGCUUUGUGGGCCGCAGUCAAAGCAAAGAACGUAGACAUCGUCAGGAUGCUUCUGCUUUACGGUGCCAAAGUUGACACGGCCCAUCCUUCAGGAAGCGAUCCCUGCCUCUAUCGCGCAGUGGUCAUUGGAAAGCUUGAAAUCGUGAAAAUGCUGUUAGAUCAGCAUCCAGAUCUUGAGAAAAGCCCUCCAGGAGGCAGCACAAGUUUGUACCGCGCUGCAAAGGACGGAAAUAUUCUACUGGCGCAAAUGCUUCUGCGCUACGGCGCUAAAGCUAACUGCUGGCCGCCUGGGGGCUGUAGUGCAUUUUACAGAGCUGCAGAGAAAAACAACCUGCCCUUAACAAAGCUUUUGAUCGAGCACGGGGCGGAUGUAAACUUCACACCCUACUCGCACAACUCAGCUCUUUAUGAGGCAGUGAAGCGGGAGGAUCUCCAGAUGGUCAAGCUCCUGCUAGACUCCGGAGCAGAUAUCAAUAAGCGAAGUUCUGGCAACAAAUCUCCUCUGACGUACGCCUCUAAACAUGGCCUGAAUUCUUUGGUCAAACUUCUUCUCGAAGCUGGAGGUCAUGCAGAGAAAGGUCUUAAUUGA